AUGAGUAAUCUUCAAAUUGUGUCGAAGCAACUGGAACCGUGGUGUGAACUUAAAGACAAAGUGGUUCUUAUGACAGGAGCUUCCUCUGGUAUAGGAAGAGAGAUCUCUCUUGAUCUAGCCAAAGCUGGCUGCAAGAUUAUAGCAGCAGCUCGUCGAGUCAACUGUCUCGAAUCUCUUUGCUCUGAAAUCAACACAACAGGAUCAGUCCAAGCCGUUUCCCUUGAGCUAGACGUUUCAUCAGACGCAACCGCCAUUCAAAAAGCGGUUAAAGAAGCUUGGGAUAGCUUUGGAAAGAUAGAUGCGUUGAUCAACAAUGCCGGAAUCAGAGGCAACGUCAAGUCUUGUUUAGAUCUGUAA